AUGGUGAAGAGCACGUCCUUGACGAAGCAGGAGCUUGUCGAUGUUCUCGGCUGCGCGAAAACCAGCAAGGAGCGCAACCGCGCGGUGAAGCUUUUGAAGCAGUUCGAUCCGAUUCCGCGCUACGAGUUCGAUGAUGAAGGCUACAAGUCGAAGAUGAGGCCGAAGAAGUACGACUACCUGCUGGGCUACAUGUGCUUCCGCUGCGACAAGGUGAAGCAGUCGAACUUCAAGGUGAUCUGGUCAACUUCCAAGGGAAACAAGCAGCUUUGCUACCCCUGCUACACACAGCUCGCCGAGCGCGAGGAGGUGGCCGUGAUGCGGGCGGCCAACCAGAAGGCUGGGAUCAUCCCCAAGGGUUUCGGCCUCGGACUGACAGGUGUGGUGGGCGAGAACGGACAGCGAAUGUAA